GGUUCAUGACCAUCGGUCUUACGCUACUUUUCACGGUGCAUUGUGGGAUACUACGAGUUCACGUGUAAUAAUUCUCCCUAGACGGUAGGACAGCAGUACAUAAUGGCGAACUCACUAUAUGGUUUAUAGUGAGUAAUUUCGGACACAGGGAAGGGUUGGGUUUUCACGAUGUACUGAGCAUGUGCUGCAUUUCUUUAUUGCGUGUAAACAUAUCAUUCCAUUUUUUUCAGCUGUAUUCCUAUCAAAUUUCUAAUCAGAUAGCUGCAAAAAGAUCGCACAUCUUUAAAAUUCAGAGACGACACAUAUAUUCAACCAAAGAACGUUUCUUAGUAAAAAUGUGUUCUGUUAAAAUUGGUACACACAACGGAACUUUUCACUGUGAUGAAGUUUUGGCAUGCUAUCUUCUACGCCAGCUACCGGAGUACAAGGAUGCCGAAAUAGUUCGGACCCGUGACCCCGUAGAGCUGGCUAAGUGUGAUAUUGUGGUCGACGUUGGCGGAGUCUAUGAUCAAAAACAACACCGAUACGACCAUCAUCAGAGGUCCUUUGAAGAGACGUUCAACAGCUUAUGCCCAGAGAAGCCAUGGGUAACCAGGCUGAGCUCAGCAGGUUUAAUUUAUCAUCACUUUGGCCUUCGAAUACUUGCUCAUCUUACACACUUACCGCAGGGCAACAGGCAGCUGGAGAUCCUCUAUGAUAAGAUGUAUGAGAACUUUGUGGAGGAAGUGGAUGCUGUGGAUAAUGGGAUUUCUCAGUAUGAUGGAGAGGCACGUUAUACUGUUAGCACCACUCUUAGUGCUCGUGUCAGUCAUCUUAACCCAUGGUGGAACAGCAACUGCCAGGACACAGAGGAGGGUUUUAACAAAGCCAUUGCCCUGGUGGGAGCAGAAUUCCUAGAUCGGUUGCAUUACUAUCAAAAUGCAUGGCUCCCAGCACGAGCGAUAGUGGAGGCUGCUAUUCAGACAAGAUAUCAGGUGGAUGCCAGUGGAGAGAUAGUUUUGUUGGCUCAAGGUGGGUGCCCUUGGAAAGAACAUCUCUUCUCCCUGGAAAAAGAACUUAAACUGGAUAUAGAAAUAAAGUUUGUGCUCUAUCCAGACCAAAAUGGGCAUUGGAGAGUCCAGUGCGUGCCAGCAGGACUCAACACAUUCCACAACAGGCUGUCGCUGCUGGAGGAAUGGCGUGGGCUUAGGGACUAUGCCUUGUCCCAAUUCACUGGAAUCCCUGAUUGUAUCUUUGUUCAUGCCAGUGGCUUCAUUGGGGGAAACAAAACCAAGGAGGGUGUUCUCGAGAUGGCUAGAAGAACUUUGCAACAUCUUACAGAUCAGAGAACAAUGUAAAUUGUUGCUAAGACACCCUUGCUUUAUUGCUAAGUCUCAUUUCUGUUCGCUUAACCAACAUUUCUUUUGUAAUAAUGAAAUAUAGUCUAAUGUGCAUGUUCCAUAUUUUUAUGUUGGUACAAAUAAAAUCGCAAGACGCGAUCUCAACAUUUGUUUUUGUGACCUUUUUUUUUAAAGCUUUCUAGAUGAUACAAAAGUUGUUACUGUUAAUUUG